AGCCAUCGUUCGUUUGGUGGAUCCCAUAGAGUCACGUGGAUGUUCGGCUUUGCACCGAUUUUCGCCGGGAGAGUCACGGCGACUGCGGCUCCUACAACGAAGCAACUGUGAUGCAAUUGAUCCACCGCGGUGGGUGCGCUCGAAAUACAAUGAUCGGCCAUUGUUCCCCGCGGCGAGUAUGAUCUUCCCAUGUCUACCGUUUGCACAUAUCAUCGAGGUGACUGACGGUCCCGAUUGGACAUGGAUCCACGACCAUACAACCGGUGGAAGCGAAAUCACAACCAUCUUGAGCGGUCGGUCGAGGUUGAUCGAAGCUGAUUCGAGGGUGUCUGGUGUCGUGAGAGGCAGCUGUGGAUGGACAGAUAAUACCCCAAUCGGCAGGGAUCGACGGCCCUUUGGCCUGUUCUCUGUUAUCAUCUCUCGAUUGACCAAAUAAGAGUUCCCCAAUCCCAAAUCGCAAAUCGCAAAUCCCAGAGUCCCGGGAUCUGAAACGUCGAGCCCGUUCUCAAUUUUGUGGGGGACCCACCGCAUGUGUUUUUCCGUUGGUCGGCCUGCGACCGAGGGCCCGAGGUUUUCCACCGUGAACGACGAAAGCUGCGAAUCACGGCACUUGACUGGUGAAAUCCGGGGAACGAGUGGGCACGGUGGCCACGACGGUUGAUCAUUGCCCACCAUCGUGUUUGGAUCGCCAUGGCGAAGCCAUCAGGAGGGGCGCAUGGACCUUAUGUUCCCCAACAUUUUGGGGGACUUGGGGUGACCCGGGGCAACCGAGGCAGACUUGUGGCCAUGACGAGGGGCAUAGAAUGAGGGGUUUCAUGUGGAUUCACGAUGAUCUCGAGGGGCAAGGGGGGACAUUGAUGAGAACUAUAUCAUCCAGCCAAGUCAGCCCUCAUCCGGAAUGUGUUUUUUUAGACGAUCUGCGUGUUAAGCAACCCCCUGAAACACUACCGUCCUCAAUUUCCAGACUCGUCGGUUUACUGGAAUUGUCUUCACUAUCACCCUUAUUCCUCUUCUUGUGAAUCUACUUAAGUCGAGUCGCGAUCACGACACAAGCCCAACAAUGGCUGCGGAUGGACCGAAACCAGGCUUCCUGGGGAACAUCAACCAGGACCAGGAAGCGAAGCUGCAAAAACUGUGGUCGGUCCUGCUCAAGGCGGCCGAGGCGCCGUCAGGCGACGAGCUGUCUAACGGCUUUGUCGAAGAGCCCACCAGCCCUACUCAGUCACAACGCCGACACUCUUUGCUCAGUCGCACCCAGAGCAAUGUCUCCGAGAAGACCACUGCCAGUGUGGCGAAGUCACCCUACCAGCAGAAGGUCAUGGCCCAUCUGAAGGGGAUCGGUAUCGGCGCAAAUGAGACCAAGAUGGUCCAGAAGGCCCUCUCAGAGAUUUCUCCAAUUGAGUUGCGCAACGGAGUCUUGAAUGUGCUGAAGCAUGACAAUCCUGAUGCGAUGCUACUGCGAUUCCUCCGCGCCCGCAAGUGGGACGUCCCAAAGGCCUUUGCCAUGAUGAUGGAGGCGAUUGUCUGGCGGGCCAAGGAAAUGCAUGUCGACGACGACGUCAUGGCCAAGGGUGAGCUGCACGCGUUGCAGCAAGAACGAAAUAACUCCAAUGUUGUCGAGAAGAAGGCGGGCAAAGACUUCUUGGCUCAAAUGCGUAUGGGCAAAGCCUAUGUGCACGGAAAAGACAAGCUCGGUCGACCAAUUGUGGUGAUCAAGGUUCGCUUACACAAACCCGGCGCUCAAAGCGAGGAGACUCUGGAGAGAUUCAUUGUGCACGUCAUCGAGUCUGUUCGAUUGACUCUAUCCCCUCCCGUGGAGACAGCUGCCGUCGUAUUUGACAUGACAGGAUUUGGACUGUCCAACAUGGAAUACCCACCCGUCAAAUUUAUUCUGAAGUGCUUCGAAGCAAACUACCCAGAAUCACUGGGUGUUCUUCUUAUCCACAACGCCCCAUGGGUAUUCUCAGGAAUCUGGAGAAUCAUUCGAGGCUGGAUGGACCCUGAUAUUGCCGCCAAAGUGAAUUUCACAAACAACACCAACGAUCUUACCAAAUUCAUCAACCGUGAUCAGCUUGUUGAGGAGCUUGGUGGUAAUGAGAAGUGGAAGUACGAAUAUAUCGAGCCCGAGGAGAAUGAGAACCACAAGAUGGAAGAUACCACCACCAGAGAUGCACUUACCCGUGAGCGCCAACAGAUCGGAGAAGAGUUCCUCGCAGCUACUUCCGAGUGGAUUGAAGCAGCCAAGUCAAAUGACAAGACGAAGAUUCAAGCUGCAGAGAGCCAGCGAGCAUACUUGGCAGAGCGAUUGAGGGUCAAUCACUGGAAGCUUGACCCAUACACUCGGGCUCGCCUGUGUCUUGACAGAGAGCGUGUCAUCCAAGAAGAUGGACAUAUUGAUUUCUAUCCCAAGGAAGAGGAAUUCGUGGAGACGAAACCCGUGGAAGUCACAAAGACGUCGGAGGUUGAGCAUCUAGAAAGUGUGAGUAGUAGCACGGCACAGGCAACUGUGGCCUAGAGGGUUGUCACGUAUCUUGUCGAAUUCUGUUUUAUGCACCAGAUAGUCUGAUACCUUUGUGUUCAAAUGUAAUUGACUUUACAACUCCU